AUGAAGUUCUCCGGGAUCGUCGGCAACCACCGGUAUCUCCAUCGCCUCCAGAAGUGUUUAAUUGCAGCUGGAAACAGGACACUUGUAAAUGAUAUAGGGUUCAAGCACAAGUUCUCAGGAUUGAUAUCAGAAGAAGAGUCAGAACUGAAAGAAUUCAACGAUUAUCUGGAUAAUCUGAAGAACCAUGAAAAAUCUGGUGUUCCAAAAGGGGCUGGAACCGACUCCGAUGAUGGUUUUGAUCUGGGAAGGAUGAAACGGCUAAUGCAAUCGCUUGGAAACCCUCAAUCUAAAUUCAAGGCUGUUCACAUUGCUGGGACCAAAGGAAAAGGUUCAACUGCUGCAUUUCUGUCCAAUAUUUUACGCGUUCAAGGCUAUUCUGUAGGUUGCUACACCAGUCCACAUAUCAAGACCAUUAGGGAACGCAUAACAUUAGGAAGACUGGGUGAUCCGGUAUCAGCCAAGACAGUAAAUUCUUUGUUUCAAAGGAUAAAACUUGUUCUUGAUCAGGCUGUGCAGCUUGAAGAGGGGCACCUUAGUCAUUUUGAGGUUCUCACUGCUGUGGCCUUCAAUCUAUUUGCUGAAGAGAAUGUUGACAUUGCAGUUAUUGAGGCCGGAUUAGGUGGUGCACGUGAUGCCACUAAUAUAAUCUCAAGUUCGGAUCUUGCAGUCUCCAUUAUCACAACAAUUGGUGAAGAACAUCUGGCUGCAUUAGGGGGCUCUUUGGAAACUAUCACAGUUGCAAAAUCAGGCAUAAUUAAACAUGGACGCCCAGUGGUUCUAGGCGGGCCCUACCUUCCACACAUCGAGCUCAUUCUUCGCAAUAAAGCAUCUUCAUGUUGUUCUCCAGUAAUCUCCGCAUCUGAUCCUGGAAACACAAGUGUGAUUAAAGGCAUUACCAAUGUCUCUGGUAUUCCUUUCCAAGUAUCUGAUAUCAUACUUCACAUUAACAGAGACUUACAACUGUCUUUUGAGGUGUAUGAUGUAAAAUUGCGUUUGCUGGGAUGGCAUCAACUUCAAAAUGCUGCAACUGCCACGUGUGCAGCACUCUGUCUUCGUGAUCAAGGAUGGAGAAUAUCAGAUGGAUCCAUUCGUAGUGGUCUAGAAAUUACACACUUACUGGGAAGAAGCCAGUUUUUGACAUCAGAAGAAACAGAGGCGUUAGGACUACCUGGUGCUACCAUACUACUGGAUGGAGCACAUACCAAGGAAUCUGCCAAGGCUUUGGCUGACAUGAUUCAGAUGACAUGUCCGGAAGCAGCUUUGGUUUUUGUGGUUGCUAUGGCAAGCGACAAAGACCAUCAAGCAUUCGCAACAGAAUUACUUGCAGUGAGGCGACCGGUUGCGGUAUUGUUGACGGAAGUUAGCAUUGCUGGAGAGCGGUACAGGAGUGCUUCUUUGUCCUUGUUAAGAGAUGCUUGGAUGGAGGCGUGUGAUGAUUUGGGUAUUAAAAUUUAUGAAGAAGAAGAUAGGCUGAAAAAACAUGAUGAUGGUAAUGGUAUGUUACUGUUGAAUGGUGGUUCGUUGAUGGAGUCGAUGAGGGUUGGAGAUGAGAUCAUUAUUCGAUCGAGAAGCGGGGAUAGAGCAGCAGCAGCAGCAGGUGUUUUAGUGGUUACGGGAUCCCUGCAUAUUGUUUCUUCGGUUUUAUGCUCCCUCUGAACUCGGUUUCUUGGAGGAUCUUUCAACUUGUUUUUUUGUGUAUUUAAAGAUCUAUCAAUGUUCCAAAUAUCAAAUGUUCUUCAGGGACAGUUGGAAUUCAGCUUCAAAAUGGUUCAAUGGAGUUUUGUUUGACAGUUCGAAUUUGUUAAGAUUAAUUACAGAUUUAUAUUUAGGAAAUUUUCAGAAUACUCCUUAUAUUAUUAUUUCAUUAACAACAAAUGUUCAGAAAAGUCUUGUAUUGUUGCUUCAUUAACUGUGACCU